UUGGGUUAGCCACUGGAGAACGACUAAACAUUUUUCUGGCCCCCUCGGCUGAAGCAUCGACACAUCCUGCUGUUACCUUCUCCUUCUUCUUCUGCUCCUCCUCCUCCAUCUUCUCCCGCAAGCCGGGAUUGAGCACCAGGUCCCAUGGCCGGCUACCAGACGAACCUGCGGCUGACACUGCCCCUGACGUGUGUCAUCCUGGAGGUGAUCCUCAUCAUCCUCUUUGCAGUGCUGGUGGAGUAUGACCACGAGACGGAUGCCAAGCUGUGGCACAAACAUCUUCUCCAGCACAAUGACUCCAACUACAACAACGACUUCUACUACCGGUAUCCCAGCUUCCAGGAUGUGCACGUGAUGAUCUUCGUGGGCUUCGGCUUCCUGAUGACCUUUCUGCAGCGCUACGGCUUCAGCAGCGUGGCCUUCAACUUCCUGAUCGCCGCCUUCGCUCUGCAGUGGGCCACCCUCAUGCAGGGCUUCUUCCACGGCAUGCACGGGGGCAAGAUCCACAUCGGUGUGGAGAGCAUGAUCAACGCCGACUUCUGCACGGGAUCCGUUCUCAUCUCCUUCGGCGCACUGCUGGGCAAGACGAGUCCCGUGCAGCUCCUGCUGAUGGCCGUGUUCGAAGUGACCCUGUUCGCUACCAACGAGUACAUCCUUCUCUCCAUUCUGCAGGCAAAGGAUGCUGGGGGCUCCAUGACCAUCCACACCUUUGGGGCCUACUUUGGCCUGGUGGUGGCUCGUGUCCUCUACCGCCCCCAGCUGGACAAAAGCAAGCACAAGAACUGCUCUGUGUACCAUUCUGACCUCUUCGCCAUGAUCGGUACCAUCUACCUGUGGAUGUUCUGGCCCAGCUUCAACUCGGCCAUCACGGCUCACGGAGACGACCAGCACCGCACGGUCAUGAACACCUACUACUCCCUGGCCGCCUGCACGCUGGCCACCUUUGCCAUGUCUUCUCUGGUUGGACCCGGAGGAAAGCUGGACAUGGUGCACAUCCAGAACGCGGCGCUCGCUGGGGGUGUCGCCGUGGGCACUGCGGGCGAGAUGAUGCUCACCCCCUUUGGCUCCAUGGCGGUGGGAUUCCUGGCUGGAACCAUCUCCACUCUGGGCUACAAGUUCCUCUCUCCAGUAAUGGAGAAAAAGCUGAAGAUCCAGGACACCUGUGGAGUCCACAACCUGCACGGCAUGCCAGGGAUCCUGGGGGCCGUCGUGGGGGCCGUCACUGCCUCCCUCGCUACUCGCGAAGUCUACGGAGACGGCAUGGAGGACGUCUUCCCAGAAAUCUACGCCGGCAACUUCUCUGCAUCUGAGCAAGGUGUGCGGCAGGCCAUCUCCCUGGCGGUGACGCUGGGCAUGGCCCUCGUCGGAGGUGUCAUAGUGGGGUUCAUCCUGAAGCUUCCCAUCUACAGUGGUCCUCCUGAUACCAUCUGCUUCGAGGACGCGAUAUACUGGGAGGUUCCAGGAGAGAUGGAAUCCCAGGAGGAGCUGGGCACGGUGAUGUCUGAGGAGGUGCAAAAACCGCUCAACAGCUGAGCAGCUGAGAUCAACACGUCCUUCGCAUGAGAGUGCACCGACACACACGCACACACACACACACACACAGGUGAUCAGUCUACCCUGGUUUAUAAUGCCACAUGGUCCCACAGAAGGACACAUAUCACAAACAGAUUCAUAGUGAACCUUCAUAAACACCUGUGCUAAUACCAGACAACAACACACACACACAUAUACACAUGCGCACGCACAGGCUCUCUUCUAUGUUCAUACAUGUGUUUGUGUGAAUUUCUAGUUCUACAUGAUACCUUAUUGCAAGACAAGUGUGCACCCCAAACAGACUCGUGGCAGGAUGAGGACAAACUGAUCACCUACAUUGUCCACGCCCUAUGAUUGCAGGGACCGAAACAUAACGGCCUCUCUGGCGUCCGUCAAAACGUCAGUUCUGGCAUUUUCUCACCUGAUUAUUGAUCUGCCCUCAGUAUUGGUUUUGUGCAUCAAGAACUGGGAUUGCAUGAACUGUACCUUUGGCUAUUGAGCAAACAGGGAUGCAUUUCAAAAUGGGAGGUUUUUUUCAUUACCAAAAUUCCAUCUUGCUGCUUACACAUUUUACAGAUUUACAGAUUAUACAGGUGUCCAAGUGCUGUGAAUUUCUUUAAAUUAAAUUCUAACAGACUAAAAUUUUGUAACAGGGAUGUGUGUAACACCAAAACAACAAUGUAAGCGCUAAAAUAUUUCACUUUUGCUUUAUUAUCAAGGAAACGUAAUGAUUAAAAAGUACUUGAACAUACAACGUAUACGUACGAAGG